AUUUGCAUAAUCGGUGAAUAUUGCCCAUUCACGUUGUAUUCGAGUUAUCAGAUGGCUGAGUGCAUCGCCUGCUCAUCCCAAAUCAUCUUGCAUUGAUUUCCAAAACAUCACCCAUCACAACUAUCCUAGCUGAACACCACCGUCGCUCAUCACUGAGGCGCAGGCUCGCUUCCUGGCCAAUACCUGUGUCCACCUCCCUCGCCAGCCAAUACCAUCUGCACACCCUCGACUAUUUAUGUUACAGUCGAAAACUGCCUCCAAAUCAUCCAUUCGGUGCCCCGGCCUCUGCCGCAUUGCCUGCAGCGUCUCAACGCGUCUUAACUGUCCGGCCAUAACUCUGCGCAGCAGUAAUCAACAUGGCCACUCCAAACUCUCGGACACCGCUUUCCAACACCUCCAACACUCCUCCAUCUCGUCGCAACCCCAACGACAAUAGUCCCAGCAGGCCAGGCGUUGGAAGUUCUGUACCAGCAAGUACAGGAACAGGCCUUGCCCGUACUCCGUCUCUCCGGCAGACCCGACCCUUGAGGAAAACGCCCAACCGAAUGAGCACUUCCUUUGCUGGCUCUGUUGACCACGACCAAGAAGACGAAGAGGCGAAGUCGGCCAGUGUACAGUUGAUCAAGGAUCUCCAAGAGCAAGUCCAACGCGCCGAGCAGGCGUCGGAACGAUACAAAAAACAAGUGGAAGUCAUGCAACAACGGUUGGACGAGGCCUCGCAAGCUCAGAUGGCGUCGGAGGAACGCGACUUGCAAAAGCAAACCGAAGUGGACCGUUUGAAAGCAGAGAUCAGAGAUCUUAAUAGACAACGCCGAGAGCUGGAAAUUGAACAAGAGGAACAUCAGCAGCUCUUCCUUCAAGAACGAGAACGGCAGAUGAAUAAGGAGGCGGAGCAGCAGGCCGCCAUUAACAGACUGAACGAAGCCUUGCGCUUGCAGGGUACUGAAAGAUUAAAUGCCAGCCGAAGUGCAGGCAUGGCCGAGCUUCAGAUGGUAGACGCGAAAGUGGAUGAAGAAAGCUUGCGACCCGAACAUCUUGCCUCGAACUUCGCUCACAACCUGCAACAAAAAGAUGAGACGAUCAAUGCUCUCCGCUUAGAACUGGCUGAAGCACAUCUAAAAUUGACACAACAAGAACAUGUUGGAGAUGGCCGUCUCCUGGAGUUAGACCAAGCAAUCUCAGAAAUGAAGAUGCAAAAUGCCAAACUCAAAGAGGAAAACGAAAGUUUCCAGAUGCUUUUGAGCGAGAAGACGCUCAAGGGCAACUUUCUCCACCACGAUCACACGGACGAAGAACCGAGUGCGAUGAGCACGCUGGCCGAGGAGCUCGAAUCCACCGAAGAACAGGAGAGCACCGAAGGACAGAAUGAGAUGUACAAGAGGCUAGAAGCAGAAAACAAGUCACUAAGGGACCAAAACAAGGCUCUCACAUUAUACAUUGACAAGAUCAUUGGGCGGUUACUGUCGCACGAAGGGUUUGAACAUAUCAUCCAAGACAAAGAGGAUGCGCCUCCGCCUCCCACAAGAUCGUUCACAGAGAAGGCGUUACCUGCAAUACCAGAUCAGCAAGCAGCCGCUCCAGCCACUGUAGCUGGGGUGGCUACCGGUUUGCUGCAGCGAGCCAGAUCUGUUGUUUCACGGCCAGGGACCAAAGCACGGCCAAUGUCUUACGCACAACCAGCGUCGACCGGACCCACAGCAAAUGAGAAUCCCGAUACCGCCCCAAGUAUACCGCUCAACCGGGGACAUCGCAGGGCGAGGUCUGAUCAGGCACAGGCUGACAUGGCGGCUGCCGCAGUGGUUCAGCAAAUGAAUCGUGGAUCCCCCAUGAGGACAGUCUCUGGAGGGCCCAUGAGCCCAGGCAUCCGUCCACUCAGCCCACAACUGUCCCAAGGGCGCGGUUCAUAUUUUGGGGGUCCUUCCCACUCCACCACCACUCGGACACCAUCCGGCUCUGGCACGCGUGGGGGUAGCUCUGCAAACAGCGUUGCUAGCGAUUCUCAUAGCGAGGAACAAAGGUCGACUACUGAUGGAGGUUCAAUGACAGCACAAAUGAGCGGAGAACGGCAGGUUCAAGGGAGCAUUCCCGGGGCGGUGAUGAAGCAGAACCAAUUAAGGCCGCUACGGUUAGUCCAAGAGCAAACAGCGUCCGAAGAAGAAAUGCAGAAACGAGCGAACAGAAAUUCUGUUUGGGGAUGGUUCAGGGGAAGCACCAUCGAGACCCAGGACGAGUGAAGGCCGCCUGUGGAGAAAUCGCAUGAUGCCAGAGGAUGUGUGUGCCUGGAUAGACUAUAGAGUACUCCAUAGACGUCGAAGGCAUUGGCAUGACAGCCCUUUGAUGCCGCGAGUCAAUCCACGAGUGUUACAAACCGGCGUGAGAUUUGGAAUUGAAUUGACUUGGUGACAUUGGUCCUCGUCACCAUUUCCUGCGUGCAGCAAAGGAGCAUGGCUAUCAAACUGAACCCCAGACUGUCUGACAAUUGCAUUC